GGCUGUGCAGGUAGGAGGGCGGGGCUGCGGUUCCGUUCAUCUCCCAGGAAGUGCCGGCGGCAGAACAGAAUUACAGGGAAGGGAACAUGUGGGUUGGGCAGCGCCGAGAAUAGAACCGAACCGAGUGAUCCAGGAAGUCGGUACCGACAGAAAUACAGAAUGACCUCCUCCGCCCGACCCCUCACCGACGUCGACUUCUGCUCCGGGUCCCGCAUGGAGGAGCUCAAUAAACUGAUGGAGGAGCUGGAGAGGCGGGACUCUGGCGCUCUGCAGGGGCGGGACCUUCUCAACUCCUGCCUCCGAGCAAAGCAAUAUGUCUUCUCCCUCAUAGAGCAAGUCCAGCCUCUCCCCUCCCCAAACUCCCUCCUUGUCCUGCAGGGGGGUCUGUGCUCGGGGUCCCUGGAUGUGUCCCCUGUGGAUCUGGGCUCCACGUCCCCCCUCUCCUGCCCCCCCAUAACCUACACCAUCUUGGUGCCCACCCUGCGCCUCCCCAGCCCCGCGCCCCUCCGGCAGGCCUCCCCGUGCCAUUACUGGGUGCCCCUCUGCUUGUGGGACCCCCCUCACCCCCAGCUCAGCUCUGGAACCCCCCCUCACCCCCAGCUCGGCUCUGGAACCCCCUACGUCUCCCCCUAUACUGUUUCUCUUUGGUUCACCAGCUCCCUCCUCUCUGCCAUGUCCUCCCUUCCUGCCCCUGCCCCCCACCUGUGCCUGGAAGGGGCAGAACCCUGGGGCAACUGUGUGUCCCUCCUCUUCUCCGACCCCAGCGACGUGUUCCUGCGCUUCGAUGUGGUGCCGGCGGUGGAGGUGCGCGGGUGGCCGGGGGGGGUGCAGUACCUGGAAGACUGGGUGGAUGAAGACCGAGGACCCCCCCGACUUUUCCACCUCCUUCCGUGGGGGGCAGAAGGGCAGUGGAGAGUGAGUUUCCCCGGGGUAGAACUGUUCAUGAGGCGCUGCCUACAUCCGGCCCUGUCCCGGGUACUGAGGGCAUCUGUGGCCGUACUGAGGCCUUUCCUGCAGGGGCCCAACGCCCCGGGGCCCUAUGUGGUAUGGGUGACCCUCCUUCAUGCCUGCGAGAGGCUGCCCCGGGGGUAUCUGUGCCGCCCCCAGAAUGCUGCUUCCUGCUUCCUGGGGCUACUGGAGGAACUCUCCUGCUACUUCCUGCGAGGGUCCUGCCCCAACCCCUUCCUGCCGGGGUGCGACCUAUUGAGCGGCCUCUCCAGGGGCCCCUACCUGGCCCGUAGGGUGUCGGAGAUCCGGGCGCAGCCAGUCACCCACCUGCGGGAGGCCGUGAAGGAGGCCAAGGAGGCCAUUAAGGGAGGAGAGAGGGAGGAGAAGGAGGAGCGGGACCAGCGGGAAGAGGAGAGGGGGUCCUCCUGCUCCCCCAGCUAAAGCCAAACUCAUGUUUUGUGGGGCCCCAAUCUCUACUCAUGUGAAUAUGAUUCUCUAUAGGGAUAAAGUAUAAUAAUUACUGGGGCAAAUUCAGCCCAUGGAGCACAGCUCAGGGGUAGUGGAGACCAAGCCCCUUCUUCUGGCACAGGGAGCCUUACGUACUGGCACAGGGAACCCCAUGUUCUGGCACAGGGAGGCCCAUGUUCUGGCACAGGGAACCCCAUGUUCUGGCACAGGGAGGCCCAUGUUCUGGCACAGGGAACCCCAUAUUCAGGCACAGGGAGGCCCAUGUUCAGGCACAGGGAGGCCCAUGUUCAGGCACAGGGAGGCCCAUGUUCAGGCACAGGGAACCCCAUGUUCUGGCAAACGGAGGCCCAUGUUCUGGCACAGGGAGGCCCAUGUUCAUGCAAAGGGAGGCCCAUGUUCAGGCAUGGGGAACCCCAUGUUCUGACACGGGGAGGCCCAUGUUCUGGCACGGGGAGGCCCAUGUUCUGGCACGGGGAGGCCCAUGUUCUGGCACGGGGAACCCCAUGUUCUGGCACGGGGAGGCCCAUGUUCAGGCACGGGGAGGCCCAUGUUCAUGCAAAGGGAGGCCCAUGUUCAGGCACGGGGAGGCCCAUGUUCUGGCACGGGGAGGCCCAUGUUCAGGCAAAGGGAGGCCCAUGUUCAGGCACGGGGAGGCCCAUGUUCUGGCACAGGGAGGCCCAUGUUCAGGCAAAGGGAGGCCCAUGUUCAGGCACAGGGAACCCCAUGUUCUGACACCAAAAGACAGAUUGGGGGUCCAAUGCUACCUUUAGUCUUGCCCUGUCAGAACCAGCUGGAGAGGGUGGGCAGUAGCUGGUUCCUCAGAGAAAUUGGGGUGAGUUUCAGUUGGGGGGACAGUGCUGCUCCCAUGAACAAGAAAUGAAAAAUAAAAAUGGUUUCUCCCAAAGCCAAACUUCUCCUGAGCAUUCGAGGCUUCCCCUCUCCCUUUGGUUACUUUGUUACUUCCCAGCAGAGUCGUUUCCAUAACCUGCAAGAGAACAGCGCCCCCUUGAUAUCAGAUUCAGAAUAAACUGGGAACUAAAAACUGCUACAGUUUAUGAACAGGGAACACUUCCCCUUUAAUCUCCUGAGUUCCUAGAAAGUUAAUGAAGGAAAAGGCUUGGCUUCCAUUGUGCUGUUUCCAUAUAUGUGAGUGUCUGUGCCAAUUGUACCUCCAAUUAAAUGUAUAUUCAUGCAAA